CUAAUAAAGUUGUUGUUCUAAACACGGUUCGGAAGGACCUGGGGCGGGGACCAAUCAGAGCGUAGCUUUGCCUCCGCAGCGGCACAAGGGUGCGACGUCAACAGUGAGCGUCGCCCUCUGUUGGAAAUUGAUUUCCUAGAAACCGUUGUGCAGAAGGGAAGCGGCCUCGGGAUGUCUCUGGCAGACGAGCUUCUGGCUGAUCUCGAGGAGGCAGCAGAAGAGGAGGAGGGAGGAAGCUAUGGGGAGGAAGAAGAAGAGCCGGCCAUAGAGGACGUGCAGGAGGAAACACAGCUGGAUCUUUCCGGAGACUCGGUCAAGAGCAUCGCCAAGUUGUGGGACAGCAAGAUGUUUGCUGAAAUCAUGAUGAAGAUUGAGGAGUACAUCAGCAAGCAAGCUAAGGCCUCAGAAGUGAUGGGACCAGUGGAAGCAGCCCCCGAGUACCGGGUCAUUGUGGAUGCCAACAACCUGACUGUGGAGAUCGAGAACGAGCUGAACAUCAUCCAUAAGUUUAUCCGAGAUAAAUACUCGAAGCGGUUUCCUGAACUGGAGUCACUGGUCCCCAAUGCUCUGGAUUACAUCCGCACAGUCAAAGAGCUGGGUAACAGCCUGGACAAGUGCAAGAACAAUGAGAACCUGCAGCAGAUCCUGACCAAUGCCACCAUCAUGGUUGUCAGCGUCACCGCCUCCACCACCCAGGGGCAGCAGCUGUCAGAAGAAGAGCUGGAGCGGCUGGAAGAGGCCUGUGACAUGGCACUGGAGCUGAAUGCCUCUAAGCACCGUAUCUAUGAGUAUGUGGAGUCUCGCAUGUCCUUCAUCGCGCCCAACCUUUCCAUCAUCAUCGGGGCGUCCACAGCCGCCAAGAUCAUGGGAGUGGCCGGCGGCCUGACCAACCUCUCCAAGAUGCCUGCCUGCAACAUCAUGCUGCUGGGGGCCCAACGCAAGACACUGUCUGGUUUCUCGUCCACCUCCGUGCUGCCCCACACCGGCUACAUCUACCACAGUGACAUCGUGCAGUCCCUGCCCCCGGAUCUCCGGCGGAAAGCAGCUCGGCUGGUGGCUGCCAAGUGCACGCUGGCAGCCCGCGUAGACAGUUUCCAUGAGAGCACGGAGGGGAAGGUGGGUUAUGAACUCAAGGACGAGAUUGAGCGCAAGUUUGACAAGUGGCAAGAGCCGCCACCCGUGAAGCAGGUGAAGCCGUUGCCUGCACCCCUUGAUGGGCAGCGCAAGAAGCGAGGUGGCCGCAGGUACCGUAAGAUGAAAGAGCGGCUGGGGCUGACAGAGAUACGGAAGCAGGCCAACCGCAUGAGCUUCGGAGAGAUUGAGGAGGACGCCUACCAGGAGGAUCUGGGCUUCAGCCUGGGUCACCUGGGCAAGUCGGGCAGUGGGCGUGUGCGGCAGACACAGGUGAACGAGGCCACCAAAGCCAGGAUCUCCAAGACGCUGCAGCGGACCCUGCAGAAGCAGAGUGUGGUAUAUGGCGGGAAGUCCACCAUCCGAGACCGCUCCUCGGGGACCGCCUCCAGUGUGGCCUUCACCCCGCUCCAGGGCCUGGAGAUUGUGAACCCACAAGCAGCUGAGAAGAAGGUGGCUGAGGCCAACCAGAAGUAUUUCUCCAGCAUGGCUGAGUUCCUCAAAGUCAAGGGAGAGAAGAGCGGCAUCAUGUCUACCUGAAGGGCUGCACCCUGGGCGGCUGCCCACUGAAGGGACACAGAGGCCCUGUGAAUCCAAAGGUGUCAGGGCUGGGACGGUCCUGCAGAGAGAGCCACCCCACCAUCAGCUGGUGCUGGGACUGCCCAGGGAGGUACGAGGAAGGCCCGGACCCCAGCACCAAGCUCGCCACCCCAUUCAGCGAGUAGAGCCAGUCUUCAUGCCUUGUCUUUUUUAUUUUAAUUGGGAAAGGAGAUACUUUUAGAAAAACUGCAAUUAAAGGCACAUUGUCAGAUCUG